AUGACACAAAUCGGUCUCUACCCUGCUGCGCUUACCAAACCAUUCGAGUUGUCGUUGUCAGCCAUCAAGUCUGUAUUGGAACCUGAAAAUCCAUCAUAUUCAAAACGAGUUCCAAACUGUCAAAAAUGCGGUCAACACGGUCGCAAGUCUCGUCUGAAGGGACACAAGAGAAGCUGCCCGUUCCGCGAGUGUCCAUGUGCAAAGUGUGCCGUUGUGACUGAGCGCCAGAAGCUCAUGGCUGAUCAGAUCAAGAUUCGUCGUCGUCAACGAAAGGAUACAUUGAUGAACUUGACAAGAGAACAUAUCACAUCCACUAUCAAUGCAGCGGCUGCAUUCUCAAACAGUCAGAUCAGCCUUCAAAGUUUGAAUUCAUUGCUCUAUGGUUCUAUCAAGGCCUCCCCUCAGCCACUGCUCUCUUCGCCAACGUCAUCGGAUGGCUCAUCGUACAGUCCAUCUCUACAAUUCCCAUCUCCACCAAUUCCUAUGAUGAUUCCAACAUCAGCGGAUCACUCGCCAAACUCCCAAACCCCAACUUCAAUUGCCACUUCAAUUGCCUCGUCGACACCAAUCAUGGCACCUCUUCCGAUGACGGCGGCAGGUUUUCCAUUCAUUGGCCUUCCACAACAACAACCAGAUACUACUCUUCUGAUCCAAGCCCUUCUGGAUCACUACAGACUUCUCGAAGAGGCAGGCAGUAUGUCGAUCUCUUCAAGUCCAUCUAAAGACGAUGACAGUGGUGAUGAGGACAGCGAUGGACUCAACUCAAAUGCCAUAAUUGAUGUCUGCACAGUCUGA